UGCAAAUGAAUGUCUUUGUCCUUGCUCAUGAAUUCGAAACUGGAAAACGAAUGUUAUGUAUGAUAGAAGAAGCGCUUGCGAAAAUUGUACACUGCGGUUUUUAUUCGCAUGUUCUGAUUUAUGUUUAAAUUUGAUAUUAUUUUACGUUAGAUUUCGAAUCAUUCUUUUUAUUAAUAUUCUUAUUUUAUAUCAUAUCUACGACUAUGUUCAGGAAAACAUUAUUAAAUAAACAUGGUCCAUAUAAAUGACCAUGUUUCCAAACUACUAUUAUAUUAUUGUUUUUCUUAUAACGUAAUGCAGCUAAAUACACAGAUACUGUAUACAAAUCAAGAGUGCGCAAAUAUUUGUUGCUUUAAUGUACGUACAAUCAGGGUGCAGAUACACUUGGAAAACCAGGCGAGUGUAGAAUUAACGAAAACAUCUUGAAGCCUACCUUUUCAUGUAAGCUGUUACUAUUCGAGAACGCGAAUUUAUUGGUCUAAAAUUGGAAUCAAGAUUUCUGUAUGUACAUGUAUAUAGUCGACAGUAUCGAAGAUUUGAAACAUUAAUAAACGUUACCCACAAAAUAAAAAGACAUAAUAAAUGUACUAUAAUGUAGAUAUGUAUCUCACAACAUUUAACAGUGUUGUGUGAAACUUGUAAUUAAGGUUAAAAUUCCAUUUUCUUAUUUAUAAAUGUUUUACGAAACGUACCAAGAACAAUCUAGCAAGUUAUGUGUUAUAUAUAUUUAAAAAUCAUAUUUUAUACAAUACAGAUAACCUAUACUUGGUGUUGUUUCUAUAAUGACAUAAAAUAAUCGUAAACAAAUCAUUAUAAUUGUAUAAAUUCAAUCAUGGAUGCAUUGAUAUGUCGUUUAUGCGGUAUAAAUCUCGUAGAGGGAAAGUGCAAAGAUAUUUUUGAAGAAUCAUCUGACUUAAUACACCAAAUUACAGAAGUUUUACCGAUUCAGAUAUCUAUUGAUGAUAAUGGUUCAAAGCAUAUAUGUUUGUCAUGCUAUGAUAAAAUUAUUUUUUGCAACAAGUUCAUUGAAGAUGUACUAGAAUAUUCUAAAGAAUUACAGGAUGAAUCACAGAUAAAAUCUUUGUUUGACUUAUCUAGAGAAAUGACAGACUUUUCAAAGAUUCAUAAUGAUGCUGUAUAUACAUGUCCUAAUUGUAAAAUUGGUUUAAUGAUUCUAUUAGUCAGUAAUUCUCAAGGCUGUGAUUAUACCUUUCAAAUCGCAUUAGCUAUGGUAAAUCAUUCAGAAAAGAAACAUAUUUUAAAAGAGAAAAAUAUACAAAUACAUAAAAAUUUAAUACAUUUCAAUAAUAUUAAGAAUAACAAUGUACAUCUUAAAGAUGUAAGUAAAAUGACAGACAUAGAAGACAUUGAAAAUUCGCAUGAUCAAGUGAGUUUUACAUUACCAGUGUUACAACAAGAAGAUGCAAAUUGUUUUGAUAAACCAUCCGUUAAAGAAGAUUCAGAAAUAAUGACACAGAAAAGAAGAAAAAGAAAACUCGUUAAAACUGAAUUUUAUGAAGAUUCAAGUAGUCUUACAAAAGUACUAAAAUUGAAGAAAAUGUACGAAUCUAAUGAAAAUUUAUUGGUCUAUAACAAUGACUCCGUGAACACUUUAAUAAAGAUUGAACCAGAAAGUGACAAUGUUUGUGAAGCAGACAGCGAAACUGAUAUUAAAAGUAACAAAAAUUCACACGUGAAUCAAUUAUACACACUUGAAAAGGAUCAGACUCAAGAAGAAAAUGAUAUUUAUAAAUCUUGCUUGAAAUAUGUCUGUAAAUUUUGUGGAGUACGUUAUCUUUCCCACAUGAAAUAUGAAUUUCAUAUGGAGAGGCACAAAUUAGAUAAAAUGUACAAGUACAUAUGUACAUUAUGUAGUAAAGAAACAAGCAAUGAAAACUUACUGUGGGAUCAUUACUUUCACACUCAUAAAAGUUUACAACGUUACAUAUGUACAGAAUGUGGGAAAUUAUUUGCGAAAAGGUCCAGAUUAAAUGGUCAUCAAAAAAUGUACAAUCAUAAAGGUGUGAAACAGAUCCAAGUUAAUUCUAGCGAUGAUAAUAUUAACAAUGAUAUCAUACAAAAAGCUAUAGCUGAAACUGAACAGAGGAAACAUUCUGUAAACUGUAAUCUCUGUGGAAAAAUAAUUUCCGAUUUCAAUGCCGAUGCUAUUAAUGAUCUAGUUACAUGUGCCGACUGUGAAGACUCUACUCUUUCUCUUAUGGUAGAUGGCAAUGAAACAAAAGUAAUCUCUCCUCGACAAUAUCACUGCACUCAGUGCCCAAAACACUUUGUACGAAAAGAAAGACUGGAGUUUCAUGAAAUGAGGCACAAUGAAAACAUGAACGAAUUCGUUUGCAGUACUUGUGGAAAAGAAUUUAGAGCAGAGAAUUCAUUAUACGAGCAUUACCUUUUCGUUCACAAAGGCGCGAGGCCUCAUAUUUGCGAACACUGCGGUAAAUCGUUCCAAUUAAAAGCUAGGUUGAAAGAACAUCAUCGAAUUCAUACAGGUGAAAGACCCUAUCAAUGUGAUGUUUGCGGUCAAAAAUGUAGAACCACAAACGCGUUGAAGCUACAUCGGAAGAUUCAUUUUUCCAAUAAUAGAUAUACUUGCAAUGUGUGUAAUAAGUCAUUCAGUAAAAAACAGAAUAUGAACGAGCACUUAGAAAAGCAUUGGAAAAACGAUAAAAACGUGACAUUACCAGAAGUAUUUAGAUGUCCAAUUUGUUUAGAAAACUUCCCAACAUAUCGUAUGUUGAAGUAUCAUAUGAUCGAAAUUCAUAAAUUGAAUAAUCAGGAUCCAAUUCUUACAAAACAAAAGCCGUGGUACGAAUGCGAAGAAUGUCACGAAAAAUUCAAACAUCAAAUGUCUUUAAAAGCUCAUAAAGAGAGGGUACACGAAGGGAGAGUAGACCCACUCUAUCAAUGUGAUACAUGUAACACUACUUACAGAGUUAAGCAACUUCUAGUGAAUCAUAUCAACAGUAAACACAACGGCGAAAGGCGCUACAAGUGCGCACAAUGUGAAAAGGGAUUCAAUGAUACAAAAUCCUUGUAUAAUCAUGUGCUGUUGCAUACUGGGAAAAAACCGUAUGUUUGCGAAUAUUGUAACAUGCGUUUCAGAAGAAAAGAUUCCAGAGAUCAUCACCGUAGAAAACACACAGGUGAACAACCUUAUCAGUGUCCAGAUUGUGGAGAAUCAUUUUCUACAUAUAAUAAUCGGUCCAAGCAUCGGAAACGGGAACACGGGGAAGAUCCUGAAUGUCCUGAGUGUAAGGAGAAAUGCAGCAGCCAACAGGAAGUUAGAAUCCAUUUGAAUAAACAUCUUGGAGAAAAAUUGAAGGAACUACAAAGUAUAAAUAGUGAAGAGGCAUAGAUCAAACUAUAAAUGAAGGAUUACUGUUAAAUGUUUUUGUUAUUGUAUCAAUUUGGAUUUUCGUUAGUAUCAAUUUUAUAAUAAUACUUAUUAAAUUAAUAACGAUACUA